GUUUGUCAACUACACGCCAGACAUGCCAGAAGCCAAGACCAGACAGUUGAUUGGCGAUGCCCUGCGAGUCUGGAGUGACGCUACGCCCUUAUCUUUCACGGAGGUCCGCGACUCCAAUGCCGAUAUCAUGAUCAUGUUUGCCAGCCAGUACCACUCUGAUGGCUACCCUUUUGAUGGCAAAGGUAUGGUUCUGGGACACGCAUUUUUCCCAGGUCAUGGCAAGGGAGGCGACACACAUUUUGAUGACGAUGAAGUUUGGACAACUAAUUCUUCAGAUGGCGUUGACCUAUUUAUGGUUGCUGCUCAUGAAUUUGGCCAUGCCCUUGGACUUGCUCACAGUGGAGACCCCAGUGCCUUGAUGUACCCCUGGUACAUGGGCUUUGAAGGCAGGUUCCAGCUACCUGAAGACGACUUGAGAGGCAUCACCAGUUUAUACGGCUCUGGUGAACAAGAUCGUUACCUUCCGGACAAAGCUAAAGUCAGUUUGAUACCAAAGACAAGCAACCCACAGACCCCAGACAUCAAAACUCCUAUAGAACCAACCAGGACCUCUGGCACAGCAGCAAACAAGGACACACCAGCAGAUCCUUGCUCAAGCCCUAUUGAUGCCAUCACAAUGGUCAGAACUGACAUCUUCCUGUUUAUCGGAAAGUGGUUUUGGCGCUUAGAUUCCAGGAGAGUCCCAGCUAAGCCAAGCGAAAUACACCAGUUCUGGUACGGCUUUCCAAAACAUUUGGAGAAAAUUGAUGCUGUUUUUGAAAGACCUGACCACAAAAUUGUAUUUUUCUCUGGUGAUCGCUACUGGGUGUUCAAUGCCAACCAUUUAUACAACCAGUUCCCAUCUGAGGGUCGGCCAAUCACAGAGUUCAACAUUCCAGCAGAUGUGAAGAAAAUUGAUGCUGCCUUUGUGUGGGGCUAUAACAAGCGGACAUACCUGGUCAGUGGCGACAUGUACUGGAAAAUGAAUGAAAACAACACCUUUGUGGAAUAUGACUACCCCCGUGAUAUGGGUACGUGGAAGGGAGUGCCUGUUCCCCUGGAUGCAGCCUUCAAAGACUUGACAGACAAAACAAUUUUCUUUCAAGGCUUAGACUUCUGGGAAUUUUAUGACAUGAGAAUGAGAGUCAGAAAUGGCUACCCUAAAAGAAUCUCUGAGCACUGGCUCAACUGUGGGGGCGUCGCUCAAAGAGUGGAACAGAAGGAAAGUGCUGCACAAGCCCGUCACAGCAAUGAUAAAUAUGAUGAUGAGGACGAUGAUGAAGACAGUGAUAGAAAGAAUCAUUGCAUGCUUCCCCACUAUUCUGGCCUGGUCAUAGUUCUAGUCUUGUUGGUAUCUAUAAUUGUUACUGGCACACACUCUUGA